UUCAGUCUCUGCUCGCUCUCGGUCUGUGUUUGUCUCUGCUUCUGGACUUUUACCUCCCUUUUCUCCCUGUGACGUCACUGUGUGUGUGUAAAAAUGCUGUCUGCUCGCGCUCCUCUCUCUGUAAAGGAUGAAAACACACUCGUCAGUCAAACCAACAAAAUGGCGCUGGACAAAGAAAACACGCCUCCGAGUCUGAACAACACCCGCGUCCUGGCGUCAAAAACCGCGCGAAAAAUCUUCAACGACGCUGAGCCCAAAGUGGUGAAGAAUAGCAGCGGUGGCGAGGAGGUGGAGCCUCUGCUCAAAGACAACCCCCGCCGCUUCGUCGUCUUCCCCAUCCAGUACCACGACAUCUGGCAGAUGUACAAGAAGGCCGAGGCCUCGUUCUGGACGGCAGAGGAGGUGGACCUGUCCAAGGACCUGCAGCACUGGGAGUCUCUGAAGGACGAGGAGAGGUACUUCAUCUCACACGUGUUGGCGUUCUUCGCCGCCAGCGACGGCAUCGUCAACGAGAACCUGGUGGAGCGUUUCACACAGGAAGUGCAGGUGACGGAGGCGCGGUGUUUUUACGGUUUCCAGAUCGCCAUGGAGAACAUUCACUCAGAGAUGUACAGUCUCCUCAUCAACACGUACAUCAAAGAGCCACAAGAGAGAGAAUACCUGUUCAAUGCCAUUGAGACUCUGCCGUGUGUGAAGAAGAAGGCCGACUGGGCGCUCAACUGGAUCAGCAACAAGAGCGCCACCUUCGGAGAGAGAGUGGUGGCCUUUGCGGCCGUGGAGGGAAUCUUCUUCUCUGGAUCGUUUGCUUCCAUCUUCUGGCUGAAGAAGCGCGGCCUGAUGCCCGGCCUGACCUUCUCCAACGAGCUCAUCAGCAGAGACGAGGGUCUUCACUGUGACUUUGCGUGUUUGAUGUUCAAACAUCUGGUGAACAAGCCGAACUCGGAGGCCGUCACCAAGGUCAUCAAGAACGCUGUGGAGAUCGAGCAGGAGUUCCUGACUGACGCUCUGCCUGUGAAGUUGAUCGGGAUGAACUGUGAGCUGAUGAAACAGUACAUUGAGUUUGUUGCUGACAGACUGAUGCUGGAGCUCGGCUUUACAAAGAUCUACAGGGUUGAGAACCCCUUUGACUUCAUGGAGAACAUUUCUCUGGAGGGAAAGACCAACUUCUUUGAGAAGAGAGUGGGCGAGUACCAGAGGAUGGGCGUGAUGUCCACGACCACAGACCACACCUUCAGGCUGGACGCAGACUUCUGAGUGCAGCAGACUGUCGGUGCUACCCCACAGGAUCCAUGUGCCCCCUAGUGGACAGGUGGAGACACUGUUGGGUUUUUUAAGGACACUAAGCAGCGGACACAAUGUUUACAUAAUAUUAUUAAUUGGAGGGGCGCUGCUGCAGCUCUGAGAGGAUCCUGAUGUACUUUUAUUUCAAAUGUGUUUUUAAGUGUUUUAUCUUUUAUGAUCCAAACGAUUGAGGUUUUUACUCUUGUACAGUUUUAUAUGUAAUAAAGAUUCAAAGUGUGA